AUGUCUACCUCUGAAAGACCCCAGACUUUUCUAUCUUCUUACCGCCAGCUGGCACCAUCUGCAUCCGUCCGAGUUUCUCCACUAUGCUUGGGUGCGAUGACCUUUGGUCUCGCACAUGCCGAAAGGUAUGGUGAGAUGACCAAGGAGACUGCAUUUGACAUCAUGAACGCCUUCUACGAUGAUGGCGGUAACUUCAUUGACACCGCCAACACUUAUCACGAGGGACAGUCAGAGCAGUGGCUGGGAGAGUGGAUGGCCGACCGCAAGAUUCGGGACCAAAUCGUGCUGGCAACAAAGUACUCUAGCCCUUACUCCAAUGACCCGAAAGCCAUUCGGGCGAACUACAAUGGUAACAGUACCAAGUCCAUGCGCCUCUCUCUUGAGCGCUCGCUUCAAAAUCUGCAGACAACGUAUAUCGAUUUGUUCUACGUGCAUUUCUGGGACUACACCACGUCUAUCCCAGAGUUAAUGCACGCUCUAAACGACCUCAUCUCCUCUGGAAAGGUCAACUACUUGGGUAUUUCAGAUGCCCCCGCCUGGGUGGUUACCAAGGCGAACCAGUAUGCCCGAUGCCACGGUUUACGCCAGUUCGUGGUAUACCAAGGCAUGUGGAACGCAGCGAUGCGUGACUUCGAGCGAGAUAUCAUUCCCAUGGCAAUGGACGAAGGAAUGGGUAUCUGUCCCUACGGCGUUCUGAAUCAGGGUCGCUUCCAAACAGCUGAAGGAUAUGAGCAGCGGAAGAAGCAUAAUCCUGGACGCAACUUCAUACCUCUCUCCGCUCGGGACCAGCAGGUCUCUAGUAAGCUUGACGAAGUGUCUAGAAAGACUGGUCAUACCUUGUUCAAUAUUGCCUUGGCAUAUGUCAUGCAUAAGGCUCCUUACGUGUUCCCCAUAAUCGGCGCUCGAAAGAUCGAGCAUCUUCAGGGCAAUAUACCGGCGCUGGAAGUUCGUCUGAGCGAAAGUGACAUUGCUGAGAUAGAUACGGCUUAUGAGUUCGAUCACGGUUUCCCGCAUACUUUCCUCAGUGGGACACUGUUUGAUGGCUCUAAGCCUAAAGGCGCUUUUGGUCCCCAGGAUGUAUUCCUCACCGGUGCGACAAAGACCCGAUUUGAGUGGGUGGAAGGACCGAAGUCCAUUAGCUUUCAGAAAUAG